CCCUCAUCCCAAGUCCCAUUCCCAUAUAUUUAUUAUAAACAAAUCCAAACACCACGCCAUCACCUUCUUUGUCUCCCUCUCUCUAUCUCUCUCGUAGCCCAUCCCUCUCUGCACCAAGUGCAACUAUUUCUACUUGUUUCCCUUAUUUUAAUAGACCCGCCAAUCAUAGAGCGAGGAGAAGAUAACGAACAAAUUAUACAAAGAGGAAUAAAGAGAGGGAAAUUCCCAACAUGAAAGGCGAAUAUGUAGAACCAAACAGUGAAACCUCCAGCAUGUUCUCCAAGCUUCACCACCAACACCAACAACACCAACAACACCAACUCCUCCACCCAUUUUCUCAUCCCUUCCACCAAGUCUCCUCCGCCACCACCCCACGUGAAUGCCAACAACAAACCUCUGAAGAUGACGACAGCCGAAGCAGCGGUGGCCCCACUAACGCCACCCCUCCGACCAACCAGCCCCAGAAGAUCAAGACCUCCUCCGAAGGCGACGGAGCCACCAUCGAAGUCGUGAGGCGGCCCAGGGGCCGUCCACCGGGAUCCAAAAACAAGCCCAAGCCCCCGGUCUUCAUCACCCGCGACCCUGAGCCCGCCAUGAGCCCUUACGUUCUCGAGGUCCCCGGCGGAAGCGACAUCGUUGAGGCUAUUUCCCGCUUCUGCCGCCGCAAGAACAUGGGCAUCUGCGUACUCACCGGCUCCGGUACCGUUGCCAACGUCACCCUCCGCCAGCCCUCCCCAACUCCCGGCGCCACCGUCACCUUCCACGGCCGCUUCGACAUCCUCUCCAUCUCCGCCACCUUUUUCCCAGGCACCACGUCCUUCCCCGUCCCCAACGGCUUCUCUAUCUCCCUUGCAGGUCCCCAGGGCCAGAUCGUCGGCGGCCUCGUCGCUGGAUCCCUCGUUGCCGCCGGGCCUGUCUUCAUAAUCGCCGCAUCCUUCAACAACCCCUCCUACCACCGGAUUCCAUCCGAGGACGAGGUCCAUAACUCGGGGUCCGGAGGGGGCGACGGCGCGCACUCUCCACCGGUGUCGGGUGGCGGAGAAAGUGGGCACGCGCCGGGUGAUUCGUGCGGGAUGUCCAUGUACAGCUGUCACUUGCCGACCGAUGUGAUCUGGGCGCCCACUCCGAGACAAGCACCGCCUCCACCACCUUACUGAUUACUUCUACAGUUCUGCUGUUAAUUAAUUCUGGGAAAUCUUAGGAGAUGUAUUUGUUUUUCUUUCGGUUAAUUUGUGCCCUUUGAUUAACCUCUGUUUUCAUUUCGAUGUUAAUGUUAAUUUUAGCGUUUAGUUUAAA